UGAGUCAUUGUACUUUCCCCAGAAUACUGAAUAACUCCUAGUUCUUGUAAAUUCUUAUCACACGAUUCAGAAAGUGUAGAACUUCCUUAUGGACACAAUUGUACAGAGCUAAGUUCAAUUAAAUACUGAUCACAUUGCUCUCGGCGCACAACUGUUUCCCUGACCUGUAUCGGUGUGGCACUAGGACCCAUAGCCGAGUUCUCCAGCAGUGCCCUACUAUUGCCAAAUGAUAGCGCACCUCUUCCACUCUCUAGCCACUGUUUGCACGUGUAUGUGAUCCGAAGUGGAUAUGGCAGCGAACCGGGUCGGGAGGAGAUGUAACAACAAGGUCCAUUCCCCGAGUAGGGGUCCAGGUAGGGACCCGGGGCUUAGCUUGCAGAAGAGGCAAGCACGGGUCACGGUAAAGUACAACAGAAAGGAGCUCCAAAGGCGCUUGGAUGUGGAGAAGUGGAUUGACUGUAGUUUGGACGAGCUCUAUUUGGGCAGGGAGGAGGAGAUGCCGGAGGAGGUGAACAUCGACGGGCUGUUAGACCUGAAGAGUGACGAGGAGAGAACGCACAGGCUCCAGGAAAUGUUUCACACGUGCAAUAACACAGAGGUAAGUGAGGUUUUCAUCAAGGAACUGGUGUUGAAACUCCACGGGCUGCAGAAACAGGAGGACCUCCACAACAAUGGCAUCGAACAACCCCAGCUACACAUCUUCCCCAACCGGCAAAACUCUGCAGACCGAGAGGUGAUCUGAAGGCCGUGUUACGUUACCCUUCAACCCCAGAACCCGACUCCCCAUUCCCCCCCAGCCUGAUGCCACGGACCUCAUCUGAAAAACAUGGGGUCUUGCUGGUCUUUACACUGUGCUCUACACACUGUGCUCUACACAUCAAGCAGCUAGCCAGAUCUGACAACUUAUCACAAACUUUGCAGACACCUUAUCUUCUGUCCACACACACACACACACACACACACAGCCACAAUGCACAGGCAGUCCCUGCAACAUUUGUACCUCUAUGAUGUCAAAUGAGUUCUGUUUUAUUUUUGUUAAGGCCGUGUCCGAAAUGUUUGAAACAUGCUGCUCUCUGUUGGGUCGCUACCGCUACUUGUGUUCUGUGUGUCCUUGAAUUGCUUUAAUUGGACAACUCAUUAGGGCCUCGACUGUUGGUCGGUGUGUCUCAUGUUGUGAGAUGCACCUCUGAUUCUGUUUAGCUCAUAAACCAGAACCAAAGAGUCCAGCAAUGUACUGUAGAUACCAAUGUCAGUCGGAAGGUAAUAGAGACUCUAUAGAGCUUUCAUAUACCCCCAAUGGGUUAGUCAACGGUUCCUUGCUAUGAACAGGUCUACCAUAUU